UGGAGCCGUUCCCCGACGGGCGGCGGGGCGCUGGGUCGCCGCGUUUGGGUUGGGCGCGGCGACGCUCUGCCCCGCAAUCCUCCCCGAUCUGGAGGCGUAUGGAACCUCAAGGUCUUUGUGAUAAUGGAAACUAAAAAAUUGAUUGGUAAACCGCUUCAACCAGCAAGACCUGUUCGUCAUCUGACUUCUCCCCCUGGAGCAGUGUUCCCUUUCAACUUUCAAAAUGAAUAUUCAUGCAACACUCAAUGCUUACAAAGUGGAGUUAGCAGAUGUAAGACGAAUGGAAUGCAAGCCUUUACUCAAGGUCAUAAUGAACAACAGCAGCAUCAGUCUCCAGUUAAAAAAGAGAGAAUUAAGUACAGCAGAGAUUUCCUGUUGAAGCUCUCAAGUGUUUCCAUCUGCAGAAAAAAGCCAGACUUCCUGCCCGAUCAUCCCAUUGUACUUCAAAAACCAGAAAACCACCAAAGUUUUAAGUAGCAUUUUAAGAACAGAUGAAUUUGAAGAUAAAGAAUUAUUUGUUUUAUAUUUUGGACACCUGCAAAUGAAGUGGAUCUAGUAACAAUAACUGUAAUGGACUCUGAC